AAAAAAUUCAGAUUAUAUAAAGCUGAUUAGCUUAUCUUCUUCAUUCAUUCUUUUCCUUUUUUUUGUCUCCUAAUUUAAUUUCAUUUCUCUCUCAGAAAAUUUUAUACAAUCUUUGAUCAUAUUUAUUCCCUCCUUUUAACCUCAUUUUAGAUUUUGCUUCUAAACUCACUUUAUCUGAAGUUAUGGAGUUGUCAAAUGAAAGAUUUGAUAUUACUUCGAAACGCUGUAAAUUUCACGGCGAGGAAGAAGGAUUAGGAUUAGGGUUUGUGAGGUUUACCAGAGGAUUGGGGAGGAAAAGGAUUUUGAUUUCGAAAUCGAAUGAAAAAAUCGUUUCGAAUUCCGAUCAAGCUCCGGUGAAGAUUCCGUUGAAAAGAUCUAAGAGCGAAACCACGGAAUCCAAAAAGUCUAUGCUUGAAUCUCUGCAUCAAGAUAUUCUGAUUUGCGUACUUUGUCAUGUGGAUCACGAGGACCUAGCGAGACUAAAACGUGUAUCUACAACAAUAAGAAAAGCUGUAUUGGAAGCAAAGAAGUCGCAUUUUGAUUAUAGCACACCGAAAAAGACUCUGCCUUUUCGUGACCCAUUAUUAAUCCUUGAGGAAGAUUCCACGAAUUUGAGUGAUCAAGAUGAUGAAAUUGAGCCACCUAAUGCACCGAUUCGAAGGAGGAAUAAUAAUCACGAAUCAGAUUUGUCGAAGAUCUCUAUGGUAUUGUUUAAAUGAGAAAGAAAGAUAAUAACAAGAAGCAGCUAGUUGUGCAGGAACAAGGCAUAGAGUUUGAUUUUGCUUCCAUUCUUAUCAUUGAAGCUUUUUUCUUUUAAAAAAGGUUUAUUAUGUUUAAUGAUCAUGUGAAUAUAACAAUUAUUUGCAGAGUUUGUAAAGUUAAACUAUUAUAUGUAAAUAAUUUCUUUUGGGUUGUGAUCAGAGUAUCCAAAGUAUUGAUUUUGUCCUUUUCAAUAAAAAAAUGUGAAGAUUCUGUUUAAUU